ACAGAUGAAAGGGAGGAAGCAUUUCAAACCUUGAAAAAGAUGUUUACAACGGCACCGAUACUAGUUCAUUUUAAUCCAGAUCGAAGGAUUGUGAUAGAAACCGAUGCAUCUGACUAUGUUUCAGCAGGAAUCCUAUCUCAACGUGAUAACGAAGGAAUCCUACAUCCAGUCGCUUUCUUCUCCAAGAAACAUUCUCCUGCUGAAUGCAACUAUGAAAUCUAUGACAAAGAACUUUUAGCAAUCAUACGAUGCUUCGAAGAAUGGCGACAUCAUCUGGAGGGAGCUCAAUUCCCAAUUGAAGUUUUUAGCGACCAUCGGAAUCUUGAAUAUUUUAUGACAACAAAAUUAUUAAAUCGUCGACAAGCCCGUUGGUCCGAAUUCCUUUCACGUUUCGAUUUCGUUAUACAAUUUCAGCCAGGAAAACAGGGAGCGAAACCAGAUGCAUUGACUAGGAGGUCAGGUGACCUACCUAAAGAGGGGGAUGAACGAUUGACACAUCAAAGUCAAGUGAUUUUGAAGCGAAAAAAUUUGGAUACCAAGCUAAGUUUGUUCGCGGGUUCUUUGGCAAAUGAAUCCGCUGAAGGAGCGUUCACUGUAGAAGAGUUAUUUUCAAAAGCUUACCAAGUUGAUAGUUUUCCAAAUAAGAUCCUCACUGUUACGGGCAUGCCAAGCAUUUACGGGAGUGAGAGAAAGGCUAGUAGACACCCCAAUACCCUCU